UUACCGCUCGGGGGGUGGGGGGAGCCCGGCUUGAACUGGCGGCGCUUUUGGGGGACGCCGGACGCCAUGUUGUGGAAAAUCACCGAUAAUGUCAAGUACGAGGAGGACUGCGAGGACCGCCACGACGCGGGCAGCAAUGGGAACCCGCGGCUGCCGCACCUGGCCUCGGCCGGCCAGCACCUCUACAGCCCCGCGCCGCCGCUCUCGCACGCCGGGGUGGCCGAGUACCAGCCGCCCCCCUACUUCCCGCCCCCCUACCAGCAGCUGGCCUACUCGCAGUCGGCCGACCCCUACUCGCACCUGGGCGAGGCCUACGCCGCGGCUAUCAACCCCCUGCACCAGCCGGCGCCCGCCAGCAGCCAGCAGCAGGCCUGGCCCGGCCGCCCGGCCCAGGACGCCGCCGGCCUGCCCGGGCACCACGCGCGCCCCGCCGGGCUGCUCCCGCACCUCUCGGGCCUGGACGGCGGGGCCGUGAGCGGCCGGCGGGACGCCUACCGUCGCUCGGACCUGCUGCUGCCCCACGCGCACGCGCUGGACGCCGCGGGCCUGGCCGAGAACCUGGGGCUCCACGACAUGGCCCACCAGAUGGACGAGGUCCAGAACGUGGAGGACCAGCAUCUGCUCCUGCACGAUCAGACGGUUAUUCGCAAAGGUCCGAUUUCCAUGGCCAAGAAUCCCUUGAGUGUCCCGUGUCAGAAGGAGCUGGUGGGCGCCGUGAUGAACCCCAGCGAGGUCUUCUGCUCUGUCCCCGGAAGACUGUCCCUGCUCAGCUCCACGUCGAAGUACAAAGUGACGGUGGCCGAGGUCCAGAGACGACUCUCCCCGCCCGAGUGUUUAAAUGCCUCUUUACUGGGCGGUGUUCUCAGAAGAGCCAAAUCCAAAAACGGAGGCCGGUCGCUGCGUGAGAAGCUGGAUAAAAUCGGGCUGAACCUUCCAGCCGGCCGGCGGAAAGCAGCUCACGUCACGCUCCUGACGUCUCUGGUGGAAGGGGAGGCAGUCCAUCUGGCCCGGGACUUCGCGUAUGUCUGCGAGGCGGAAUUCCCCAGCAAGCCUGUGGCCGAGUAUCUCACCCGACCUCAUCUCGGCGGCCGCAACGAGAUGGCAGCGAGGAAGAGCAUGCUGCUGGCGGCACAGCAAGUGUGUAAGGAAUUCACGGACCUCCUCAAUCAAGACCGAACCCCGAACGGCAAUAACCGGCCCACGCCGGUCUUGGAGACCAACAUCCAGAACUGCUUGUCGCAUUUCAGCCUCAUCACCCACGGCUUUGGCAGCCAAGCCAUCUGUGCCGCCGUGUCGGCCGUCCAGAACUACAUCAAGGAGGCCCUGGUGGCCAUAGACAAAUCCUACCUGAACCCCGGGGACCAGAGCCCCCCGGACUCGGGCAAGGGUCUGGAGAAGAUGGAGAAGCACCGGAAAUGA